UCAAGCUUUGUGGCUCCCCCACGCGCCACGCUCCACUGAUCGAACUGUGGGUGAUAGAGAUGCAGCAUCAACACGACACAACACCAUAGCUUCAUGAGCUGUGUGUAGUGAUCAAGCGUUUGCCAUGUGCUGCAGAGGUGGAUUUGAAUAUGCGUUCCAAUUGUCGAAUUAGGUGGCCAGCGGGCACAGCCACCUGUACUAUGUAUGACUCCGCGGUGAAUGCUCAGAUCGACUCAUGUGCCAGAAGGCAGGAGCGGCCAUGUAUAUGCUGUAGAUUGUGCUUACCGUUCCUCUCAAUAAUAAUGAGGUACCUGAUCGACGAAUUCUACGAAACAUGCCGUCAAAACAGCCAGCAGCUAUCCACCUUGAAGGUGCCACCCUGGAGGGCGGCGGGCAACUGUUACGCAUCGCCCUUGGACUAUCCAGCCUCACCAAGAAGCCUGUCAGCAUCACCAACAUACGAGGCAAGCGUUCUGCCGGCGGCGGUCUGAAAGCACAACAUCUAACUUCCAUGCUAUGGCUCGGCCAAGCCUGUAACGCGCGCAUCAGCGGCGCAGGACUAAGAAGCAAGGAAAUCACAUUUACACCUAACCCAUUACCUUCGAUACACCAAGACAUCACAGUAGGCCAUGUCAGCAUCAGUCAAAGCACACCAGGCAGCAUUAACCUCGUCCUCCAAGCGGUCCUGCCAUACCUACUGUUCUCUGGCGCACAAGAUCCAAUUCAGCUACGCAUCACUGGAGGCACCAACGUGUCAAACUCGCCGUCGUACGACUAUGUCGAGCAAGUUCUCAUUCCCAUGCUCUCCAUCGUUGGUGUGCCAUCCAUAACAACCUCAUGCCACUCCCGCGGCUGGUCCACUGGAAGCACACGCCUGGGCAGCGUAACAUUCACCGUCACUCCGCUCACAACCACACUCCCGGCUUUCCAGCUCACGGACAGAGGAAUUGUUAAGAGCAUACGAGCAACUGUCGUCGCACCGCGAGAUAGUGAGCAAGGCUUCCGCGACAAUCUGGAUUUGAUGUUCGAGAAACGACUCGCGCGCAUCUUUAGUGGAACAGAGAAUCCGGAGAUCCAUGUCACGUUCGAAGACUCGCAUCAUGAGAAACGGUACUACCUCCUCCUCGUAGCCACGACCUCCACUGGCCUGAAACUCGGACGCGAUUGGCUGUACGAUCGUGGAGUCCGAACUGGGAAGACCACUCAAGUCAUCCCAAAUAUCGUGCGAAAGGUCUCUGAUGACUUGAUUACGGAGAUAGAGCAUGGCGGCUGUGUGGACGAGUGGAUGAUGGAUCAGCUGGUCGUCUUUCAAGCACUUGCCAAGGGGAAGAGUCGAGUGAAUAGGGGGAGAAGAGGAGGAAGAAAGGUGGAAACAAGUCUGCAUGCGCAGACAGCGAUGUGGGUUGCUGAGAGGAUUAUUGAUGUUAAGUUCGAUGGAGAGGGAGGAUGUGAAGGUAUGGGAUUUAGUCCGGGAAGUGAGCAGGGCGAUGUGGAAGAGUCAGCGUUAGUUGAGGGAGUGAGCAAGCUGGAAGUGUCAACUUGAUACUGUGUCGGUGGUAUGCAACGGCAGUGUAAUUGAUGGUUACGGGAGAAAUCCAGCAAGUCUACUCUAACCCACGAC